AUGAAACCUAUCGCUUACAGUGCUUCGGGAUAUGCCUUGGCUGUUUUGUGUUGUUUUCUCAUCCUCACACAAGCUUCACAAACAGACCCUUCAGAAGUAAAUGCACUCAUUUGCAUCAAAAAAAGUUUGAUUGAUCCUAAGAACAAUCUGAGAAACUGGAAUUCGGGUGACCCGUGUUUGGCAAACUGGACUGGAGUUUCUUGUUCUGUUAGGGAGGAGGCUGGUUACUUCCAUCUAUUUAAUGACUAUGAAUCUCUCGGGAAGUUUAGCAACCCAGAUUGGUCUUUCAUGUGGAACAAUUUGACUGGCACAAUACCGAAGGAAAUAGGAAAUAUCUUGUCAUUGGAACUCUUGCUCCUAAGUGGGAAUAAGUUAUCUGGUAGUUUACCAGAUGAGCUAGGCAACCUUUCUAAUUUGGAUAGACUGCAAGUUGAUGAAAACCAAUUGUCAGGUCAGAUUCCAGAGUCAUUUGCCAAUAUGGUCAAAGUUAAACAUCUCCACAUGAAUAACAACACCUUCUUUGGUCAACUUCCAUCCAAACUUUCAAAGCUGUCUAAUCUUGUGCAUUUGCUUGUGGACAACAAUAACUUAUCUGGUUACCUUCCAUCAGAUUUCUCUGUGUUACAACGGUUAAGGAUACUCAUGCAAUUCUGCAAUUCAUUGGCUUCUUACUUCAAAAGCCAACUUGAUAACAAUAAUUUCAGUGGGACUGAAAUUCCUUCUAGCUAUGAAAACUUCUCCGGUCUAGUGAAACUAGACCUUAGCUGGAAUCAGUUUACUGGAACUAUACCAUCAAAGAAGCUUGCAAACAAUAUGACCACUAUCUCACUUGAGAACAAUUUGCUGGAUGGAUCAAUCCCUGCUAGCAUAUGGCAGGACAUGGCCUUCAAUACUAAAGAUAAACUUAAAAUUAAUCUCCAAAACAAUUCGCUAUCGAACAUUUUGGGAAAUCUAAACCCCCCGGCAAAUGUUACCUUGAGGCUUUCUGGCAAUCCAAUCUGUGAGAAUUCUAACAUAGAAGGUAUUGAUCUAUAUUGUGGACCCGGUGGAGAUAACAAUGAAGAUGAAGUAGUCCAAAACCCUCAAAAUCCAACAACUGUCUGUCCACUACAAGAUUGCCAAUUAUCAAUAUAUGCUUAUGAAGAUAGAAACCGUAUCACCAUGUAUUUAAAACUAUUCCCUCCGUAUGAUUCCCACUUAAGUACAUUCAAUGAGAGUGAGGUCUAUCGCAUUAAAACCAUAUUUACUUCAUGGCGAUUUCCUCCCAAUCAUUUCUUUGGACCAUAUGAACUCCUGAACUUCACUCUUGUUGGACCUUAUGCAGCUACUAUAGAUUCAAAGAGGGGUCAAUCUAACACAGUCAUAUUGGUUGCUGCUUUAACAUCAGCUGUUGCUAGUAUUUUAGCAACAUCUGCUAUAAUCAUGUUCCUGCUUUUUACAAGACAGAGAAAAUAUCAGCAGAUGAUUUCAAGGAAACUUAAGGAAUUGGCUCUUGCUACGAACAAUUUUAGCAGCUCAACUAUAGUUGGCCACGGAGGUUAUGGGAACGUCUAUAAAGGCAUUUUAUCUGGUGAAACACUUGUGGCCAUUAAACGAGCAGCAGAAGGUUCCUUACAAGGCCAAAAGGAGUUUUUGACUGAGAUUGAACUUUUAUCAAGGUUACACCAUCGGAAUCUUGUCUCACUGAUUGGAUACUGUAAUGAAGAAGAGGAGCAGAUGCUGGUUUAUGAAUUCAUGCCCAAUGGCACCCUAAGGGACUGGAUUUCUGGUAAAGGUGAAACAGCCAAGGAAAGACAAAAUUUUGGUAUGGGCUUGAAAAUUGCUUUGGGUGCAGCCAAAGGCAUACUAUAUCUUCAUACAGAGGCUAACCCUCCUAUAUUCCACCGAGAUAUUAAAGCCAGCAACAUACUUCUGGACUCCAAAUUUACAGCUAAAGUGGCUGAUUUUGGACUGUCACUGCUUGCAUCAGAAGAAUCUAGCACUAAAUACAUGUCAACAGUUGUGAAGGGAACGCCAGGUUACCUUGAUCCAGAAUAUGUGUUGACUCAUAAGUUUACUGACAAAAGUGAUAUCUAUAGCCUAGGAAUUGUGUUUCUGGAGCUUUUGACAGGCAGGCAACCAAUCUUACGUGGGAAACACAUUGUUAACGAGGUUAAUGUGGCUUGUCGAUCUGGCAUGAUAUAUUCUGUUAUAGAGAGCAGAAUGGGGUUAUAUCCAUCAGAUUGCUUGGACAAGUUUUUGACUCUGGCCCUCAAAUGCUGCCAAGAAAAUCCAGAGGAGAGGCCAUCAGCGCUAGAUGUGGUGAGGGAAUUAGAAGAUAUUGCUGCAAUGCUAUCAGAAACUGAAGCUGGUUUCCCAGAUAUUACCUUAGAUAACUCAGGUGAAAUGGCACCAUCAUCAUCUUUAGGAUCUAAUGCAGCAAGGGAGGAUCAACACAAGUUCACGUAUGUGGCAGGAAGUAAUCUUGUCAGUGGUGUCGUUCCCACCAUUGUUCCUCGCUAA